GAAGAGGAAGAAGACGCCCCUGCACAGGAGGAUGAAGAGCAGCGGGACUACACCGAGUAUCAAGACCCAUGGCUCCUCAGCUCGCCCCUCCAAAGAUCCCAGAGGGGGACAGAGUCGACUUUGAUGACAUCCACAGGAAGAGGAUGGAGAAAGACCUGCUGGAGCUGCAGACGCUGAUCGAGGCUCACUUCGAACAGAGGAAGAAGGAGGAAGGGGAACUCAUCGGCCUCAAGGACAGAAUUGAGAGGCGUCGCUCUGAGAGAGCCGAGCAGCAGCGUGUAAGAGCUGAGAAAGAGAGAGACCGACAAACCAGGAUCGCUGGGGAGCGCCAGAGAAAAGAGGAUGAGGAGGCCAAGAAGCGAGCAGACGAUGAAGCCAAGAAGAAGAAGGUUCUGUCCAACAUGGGCGCCAACUUUGGUGGUUUUCUAGCCAAGGCGGAGCAGAGGCGAGGGAAGCGUCUGACUGGAAGAGAAAUUAAGAGGAAGACUCUGUCUGAGAGACGCGCUCCUCUCGGCAUCGACAACCUCAGAGAGGACGGUCUCAGGCAGCGAGCUCAGGAGAUGUGGGACUGGAUCCAUCAGCUGGAAUCGGAGAAGUUCGACUUCAUGGAUGAGAUGAAGAGGCAGAAGUAUGAGAUUGUUGUGCUGCUGAACAGGAUUUCACACGCCCAAAAAUUCAAAAAGGGACACGGAAAGGGAAAAGUUGGAGGUCGCUGGAAAUAAACUUUCGUUUUUGGAAAGAAGAAGUCUGAGCGGAGGAGGAAAGAGAAAAGAGAAGAGAAACAAACAUAAAAAGACUAAAAAGCUUCUUCCUCUUGUGUUGAUUCGGUGUCUGCAGCUCUGCUGUCUCUGUGUAAAAGCUAAUCUGACAUUCAUAAUAAAAUGAUUCCUA